UUUAAAUCCUAAAUUCUAUAAAGGCACUUUGACUAAUGACACCAAAAGAAGCUUUUACUAGAAACAAACAAAAUCUAGAACAUUGAAGAAUCUUUUGUUGUAUGGAACAUUGUCAUAUACCAACAAUAAACAGAAACAAAUUAGAUUCGAAGGCUCUUUGUACACUCUUUAUAGCUUAUGAUGAAAAUAGUCGCCCAUGUUUCUAGAAUAUUACCAUAAGAAAGAUUAUUACAUCUCGAGAUGUAAGAUUUGAUGUAGAAAAAUUAGAUCUGAGAGUUACUUUGACUACUAAUUUUUUGAUGGAAUAAAAAACUAGUUUGUUCAUAUUUGUUUAGGAAAUUUUGUCAACUAAUCCAAUGAGAAAGAACAUCAUUAUUAAUUCAAAUAAAAAAUCAUCAACAAAGCCAUUAAAAGAAUUAUAAAGAGGUGACAAAACGACAAGAGUUUCAGCAUAAAUGAGCGCUUCCUAACGCGUGGGUGCCCAUGCUUUUGCGGGGGCUGCUUUUGCAGGCAACGAUAUGUUGUAGAGCAAGCCAGGACGACUACGGUAACUGCUCGAGUGUCGAGGAGGCCGUAACAGCAAUUAUGAAGGAUACUUUGCAACACUGCCUGGGCGAGGAGAACGAUACCAUGCGCGAGAAAGUGCUCAAUCAGAUGGGCAAGGGCUUGGCGGCACUUGUUCGGAUAUCCGCAGCAGUGGCAGCUGCAUCACCUGCACCUCCUCCCAUAUCCAUACCAGCGAUGUCAACCAUCGCUGAGGACGACCUGGAGCAGGUCCGGAGAAUGCUCAAGUUAACUUCGUUGCCGUUCCACAGCAGUUUCGAUCAUGAGCUCACUGAGCUCAUGCUGAUCCUUCAGACUGGCUAUGGACACGACAGAAAUCUGACUGCGAAUGAAUUGUCCCAAAUUUGCAAGCGCCUGGGAUCCGACAUGGUUCAAUGUCUGGGCCCAUUAUUCAUGUGUUUCCACGAGCUUCCUCUCUGGGCCAAGUGCAACGCUUUCAUGCUUCCCGCAGACAUGGCAGGUAGGGUGGCUUUCAACCUACUUGCCGGCCCAAAUACACGGUGAUUUGUGCGAGGGAGCAGCAUAGGGGACGCGUGAAGAGUGAACAAGUAUCAAAUACAUUCAGAAGCCGACGUGUCUGCGAAUCGGAACGCAAAUUCACGUGCUGGAACAAAUGCAAGAGCAGGAUGGCGCUGGAGACGCUCCCCCGAGGCUCCACGAAAAGGAUUGUGCGACAGUGUGUACGGAAAACGUAAAGUGUCUCCGCAGUGUGAAGGGUAUUGCAGUCAGCGGUAAAGCCGAUCCCGCAAUCGAAUAUGUCACACGGAAUUGUGCCAAACCAUUCUGAUGCGCGACGAUCUGCAUCGAAUAAAUUACAAGUGGAAUGAGUCUCCAGCCACGGCCAUUGCUCCGGAGAGUUGCCCUUCGAGUUAUAGCGUAGCAGUAUACUGUAAAUGUGUUGUACAGUUUGAGCCAAUUUUAACUCGCUACUGUGCCUCCUUUCAUUAUCGCAGUGUCAGAUACCAUUGACGAGGUUUGUGUCUCAGUAUGUCCGUGAUAAUGGGUUGUUUUGUUACUGUUCGAUUCGUCUUCACCCAUCGGAUGCAAGUUCUACUAUCCACCGCCGCUCUGUGGCAUCCUGUUCGAUUAUCGAUUAACGCUGAAAAUUCACUCUACGAGUGUAUUUCAAUGCU